AAACUGCUCUAUUCAUCUAGUACUACAGGUUUAGUCUACUCUGCUCCCUUAUUUUCUUAACUAACUAUGAUGCUGAUUUCUCAAACAGGGGGAUGGUCUCUGUUUCUCCUGGCUGCUGUUAUUCCUGGUGUUCACCUCCAGGAAAACAGCAGCUCCAUCCAGCCUGACCCCACCUCUGAGCUGAACACUGAGGUUCAGAUCAAUCAAUCUGUUGUGGAUUUGUCUCCCAAAGGUCCUCACUUCCAUGGACACAGCAGCUCUGCCCAGCCUGAGUCUGAGGUGCCCACCGAGGCUCAGACCUACCACACCUAUGGCAAUAUACCCUCAAGAGUUGCUCAGGGAGACGGCGGCUCCUUCCAGCCAUUUCCUGACUAUGAUUAUCCCACUGGGGAUCAGAUCUACCAACCUGUCCUUCAGCCGUCUGAGUCCAUCCCUCCUAUAGGAAGCUACAUGCUGAAAACCCCUGAUGGGAUACCGUGCAUCAAAGCCACAAUGGGAGUGGAGUUCAUCAUCACUGAAAAGAAGAAGUGGUACUUGAGCCUGGACCCGUCCAGGGUCACCACCAGCGGUUACUGCAUUAAAGAUACUGCUGUUCUCUGCCUCACUCUGCCAAACAAUGCCGCCAGUCUGCAGUUCACCUUCAAGAAGCUCCAGCCCAAGAAUUACUUCUGUGUCACCGAGCUAAAAGCUCAUGUUACUCCUCUGCCCGUCUGCCACAGAUGUGCCAAUAAGACUUACGCCGGUGUGAUGGCCAAUGGGGAGCUGUUUACCACAGCCACAGGACAGAGCUACAAGUGCUUAUCUGAGAGUCUGAUUCAGAUGUCGUCUCAGCUGAAGAUCAAACUGGUUCCUCUGCAGGUGCAGGCCUUCAAGCUGGACAAAGGACAGUUUGGAAAAGAGGAGGAGUGCUGGGCUGACUACACCAAGCGAGUCGUCCCCAUCAUCAUCGGGGCCGUGGUGGUGUGUAUUGUUCUGGUCGCUCUGGUAACUUUCCUGUUCAUCAGAGACCGUCGGAUACAAGGUUACGACACCCUAUGAGCUGAAACUUGAUGAGGAAAAAAUCCAGGUCAAAGAAAAUGUCUUAUUUGUGACAGUCACAAAAAGCUUUGCCAGUUUUUCACGCUUUAACUUAAGAGUGAAAUUUUCCUCUUGGAUCCUGAUUUUUUUUUUUUUUUUUUUUUUUUUUUUUUUUGAGGUCUAAAA